AGCCGCCUCCCUGGAGUCACCCGCCGCCUCUCGCCGCGCGCGCUUCCCUGCUCCGCGGACGCGACAUUGUUCUUGAAGACUCCCGGGACCUGUCAGAAAUCGGGGCUCCGGGACUUGAAAGAGACUUGACUUCGGCUCGCGGGUUGCGGGGACCGCGGUACUUUCGGGGCGCGUGUGAGGGGAUUAGCUCAUCUCGCCGCGAGGUGCGAGCGCGUGCCUCCCCGCGCACGCUGGCCCCGCCGCAGCCCCGCAGGAUGACGGGGUGCAGGCGGCCCGCGGCCGUGGCGCGGCCGCUGUGGCGGCGGCUGUUCGCGGGGCGCUGAGGGCGAGCACCCGGACGCGGACCACGCGCCCCUUUCCCCCGGCCACGAGCCCGGGGCCUCCUGGCUUUUUGUAUUUGGAUUUUGUUUUUCUUUCCCCAGCCGAGAGGACGCGGCUGUGACAACGAAGGUUUUGUGCGGACAGUAAUGACCGCACGUUUCCGAUUGCCUGCUGGCAGAACCUACAAUGUCCGAGCAUCAGAGUUGGCCCGAGACAGACAGCAUACAGAGGUGGUUUGCAACAUUCUUCUUCUGGAUAACACUGUACAGGCAUUCAGAGUUAAUAAACAUGAUCAGGGGCAAGUUCUGUUGGAUAUAGUCUUCAAGCAUCUUGAUCUGACUGAGCGAGACUAUUUUGGUUUACAGUUGGCUGAUGAUUCCACAGAUAACCCAAGGUGGCUGGAUCCAAACAAACCAAUAAGGAAGCAGCUAAAGAGAGGAUCACCUUACAAUUUGAACUUUAGAGUCAAAUUCUUUGUAAGUGACCCCAACAAGUUACAAGAAGAAUAUACAAGGUAUCAGUAUUUUUUGCAAAUUAAGCAAGACAUUCUUACUGGAAGAUUAUCCUGUCCUUGUAACACUGCUGCUCUUUUAGCUUCAUUCGCUGUUCAGUCUGAACUUGGAGACUACAAUCAGUCAGAAAACUUGGCAGGCUACCUCUCAGAUUAUUCUUUCAUUCCUAAUCAACCUCAAGAUUUCGAGAAAGAAAUUGCAAAGUUACAUCAGCAGCAUAUUGGCUUAUCUCCUGCAGAAGCAGAAUUUAAUUACCUAAACACAGCACGUACCCUGGAACUCUAUGGAGUUGAAUUUCACUAUGCAAGGGAUCAAAGUAACAAUGAAAUCCUGAUUGGAGUGAUGUCAGGAGGAAUUCUGAUUUACAAGAACAGGGUACGGAUGAAUACUUUUCUGUGGUUGAAGAUUGUAAAAAUUUCUUUUAAAUGCAAACAAUUUUUUAUUCAACUUCGAAAAGAAUUGCAUGAAUCUAGAGAAACAUUACUUGGAUUUAAUAUGGUGAAUUAUAGAGCGUGUAAAACUUUGUGGAAAGCGUGUGUAGAACAUCACACAUUCUUCCGCCUGGAUAGACCACUUCCACCUCAAAAGAACUUUUUUGCACAUUAUUUUACAUUGGGUUCCAAAUUCCGGUACUGUGGGAGAACUGAAGUCCAGUCAGUUCAGUAUGGCAAAGAAAAGGCAAAUAAAGACAGGGUAUUUGCAAGAUCUCCAAGUAAGCCUUUGGCCCGGAAAUUAAUGGAUUGGGAAGUAGUCAGCAGAAAUUCGUUAUCUGAUGACAGGUUAGAAACACAAAGUCUCCCAUCCCGGUCUCCACCUGGAACUCCCAACCAUCGAAAUUCUUCAUUCACACAAGAGGGGACCCGGGUUCGGCCGUCUUCAGUUGGUCAUUUGGUAGACCAUGUGGUUCAUACAUCCCCCAGUGAGGAUUUUGUAAGUCAGAGAUCUCCAUCAUCAACGCAAGCUAAUAGCAUAGUUCUGGAAUCAUCACCAUCACAAGAGACCCCUGAAGAUGGGCAGCCUCCAGCUUUACCACCCAAACAAUCUAAGAAAAACAGUUGGAACCAAAUUCAUUUUUCACAUUCUCAGCAAGAUCUAGUCAACCAUACUAAUGAAUCCUUUGAUGUGCCCUCUUCCCCUGAAAAGUCCACUCCUAAUGGUGGCAUUCCACAUGAUAACCUUGUUCUAAUCAAAAUGAAACCUGAUGAGAAUGGAAGGUUUGGAUUCAAUGUAAAGGGAGGGUAUGAUCAGAAGAUGCCUGUAAUUGUGUCCCGGGUAGCACCAGGAACACCUGCUGACCUCUGUGUCCCUCGGUUGAAUGAAGGGGACCAAGUGGUACUCAUAAAUGGCCGGGAUAUUGCAGAACACACCCAUGAUCAAGUAGUCUUAUUUAUUAAAGCUAGCUGUGAGAGACAUUCUGGGGAACUUGUGCUCCUAGUUCGACCUAAUGCUGUAUAUGACGUAGUGGAAGAAAAACUAGAAAGUGAGCCAGACUUCCAGUAUAUUCCUGAAAAAGCCCCUCUAGAUAGUGUCCAUCAAGAUGACCAUUCCCUGCGGGAGUCGAUGAUCCAGCUAGCUGAGGGGCUUAUCACUGGAACAGUACUGGCACAGUUUGAUCAACUGUAUCGGAAAAAACCUGGAAUGACAAUGUCUUGUGCCAAAUUACCUCAGAACAUUUCCAAAAACAGAUACAGAGAUAUUUCACCUUAUGACGCUACACGGGUCCUUUUAAAAGGUAAUGAAGACUACAUCAAUGCAAACUAUAUAAAUAUGGAAAUUUCUUCUUCGAGUAUUAUAAAUCAAUACAUUGCUUGUCAAGGGCCAUUACCACAUACUUGUAAAGAUUUUUGGCAAAUGACUUGGGAACAAGGCUCCUCCAUGGUUGUGAUGUUGACCACACAAGUUGAACGUGGCAGAGUUAAAUGUCACCAGUAUUGGCCAGAACCCUCAGGAAGCUCAUCCUAUGGAUGCUAUCAAGUCACCUGCCACUCUGAAGAAGGAAAUCCUGCGUAUAUCUUCAGGAAAAUGACACUGUUUAACCAAGAGAAAAAUGAGAGUCGCCAACUCACUCAGAUUCAGUACACAGCCUGGCCUGACCAUGGGGUACCUGACGACUCAAGUGACUUUCUGGAUUUCGUUUGUCAUGUCCGAAACAAGAGGGCUGGAAAAGAAGAGCCGAUUAUUGUUCAUUGCAGUGCUGGAAUAGGAAGGACUGGGGUUCUCAUCACUAUGGAAACUGCUAUGUGUCUCAUUGAAUGCAAUCAGCCAGUGUAUCCACUAGACAUUGUAAGAACAAUGAGAGAUCAAAGAGCCAUGAUGAUCCAAACCCCUAGUCAAUACAGAUUUGUAUGUGAAGCUAUUUUGAAAGUUUAUGAAGAAGGCUUUGUUAAACCAUUAACAACAUCAUCAAAUAAAUAAGAAAGCAAAAAGGUUGGAAUAAGUACUGGGAACCUGAGUUUGUUACAUUCACUGUGCCAUAAUACUGCUUGCAGGAAAUGGCCUCUCACACAAAAAGUGAAGAACUCAAAGAGACCUCGAGAACUUCAGCACUACUGCACUUUAUGUUUCAAAAAGUCACUCAGAACUUACCACAUGUUUGAAUACUUUGUGCUUUGCUCUGAACAAAUAGUGGAAACUGGGUAUGUUCAGAGUAAUUUAUGGAAUUGUGAGGCAUUGCCAUGCAGUCCCUUCUGGUAGAAUUGCCGCCGACAAGGCUCAGAUUCUCAUCUCUGUCACACACCUGUACCUUGAAAGCAGAAGGAGUUAUCAUCAGGAGUCUGCUCUGGAUUUUCCCAGGGGUCAUGCCCUCACUCUACUGAUUACCAGAUUUUAUUUUUCAAACGUUAGCAAUACCAUUCUCAACAUUAGCCAGUACACUGCCUGUGGGUGCAGCACAUCUUCCUAACGUCCCCGUGGGGACCUGCUGUUGAGAAGAAAAUUGGAACUUGCUGUUCCCAGGAAAUGCUGCACAGUGUCCAUUUACCAGCAUCUUAUAGAAAUAACUAUGAAUUUUCUUGGAUUUAAUAAUGUAACUUAUAUUUAUCAUAAGGUUGGCUUAUUCCAAAUCAUGUGAUUUCACAGUCUUGAUGUAAAGGAAUGCAUGCAUCGUGUCUUAACCCCUUAAGUGCCUUGAGAUAUCUUUGUCUAAUGAAAAGGCACUCAUUUGACCCCAUAGGAGGUAUGUAUGUAUACUGUACAUUCUUAUAGUUUUACGAAUUUUUAAUGAGAUCACAGUGUUUUAAAAAGCUGUUUUAAAAACCAGCUUCUUAUGUUGAGAGUUAUACAAACAGCAAAGGGUAAGGCCAUUCUGUCUUUUACUCAGUGCUUGUACUUUGCCGUAAAAGCCAGGAUAUCUGUAUUCUGCCCAGAGUGCAUCUGCUGCUAUGGAAUUGUUCACAAUCUGCACAUUCCUUUACCGAAGGGAAGGAUAGGGGUUAAAGUUUAGCAGCUUAACUUAAAAAGAGGGUUUAUUCUUCAGAUUUCACAUUUACUUUAUCCUAAGGUAAGAAUUGAUGUUUAAUAUGUGCAUCAAAGAUAAAUAUAUUGGUAUUCUAGGUUACAGUGAGAAAGUCGAUCAGCUGGGUUAUGCACCCGUAACUGACGAGCUGCCCUGGAGCAUCAUCACUCCAAGGCCUGUCAGGCUGGCUCACACUGCUCCUUCCUUCCACUGGGGUUCUUCACACAAGGAGUUAAACACUUUAGCAUUCUCUAAAGUGACCCUUCCUUGUCAUCCAGUUUAUAUAUGCCUGUUAAAUUAUAAGCAUGUCAGUAAGUAGGCCAUCUUAACGGAAGAUCCAACUCCCAUUACAGAUAUGUCUGUUUUCCUUGUUUUAAGUCUGUGGAGACAGAUUUUUAAAAUUGCACAAUUUAAUGUGAGAACUUGCUCACCUAUUCACAUGUUAUUUUAUAAGGAUAUGGUUAAAAUAGACACAUUUACUAGUGGUUUUCAGAUUACUUCUGUAGUCUCGAUAAAACAUAGGUCCCAAUGGUAGAUAUUUUGGAAUGCUAUUUAGUUGAGGGAAUGAUACACAUUUAAAAAAUCUUUAGUAACAUAUAAAUUAUUGCUUCAGGUAUUCAGAACCCAUAAUAGUAAAAUUCAAAAGUUAAGCUUCUAAAUAUUAAUUGCCAGGGUACCAAAUAAAUUGGCACUUAUAAAUACUUCUUGUCUUUUUUUUAAAGAAAGAAAUAAACAUCUUUACAUCAAACAGAAGUCCCCUUAUUAUGAUUUCACAAGCAAGACAAUAAUAUAAGUUCGUAAGUGAACUAUAAUUAUACUCAGACAUUCCAUUCUGUAACCAGAGGCAAAUGUAAUUUAGGCUGGUAAGCUAUCAUUACAACUUAAAAAGGGGAAACAAGCUAGAGAUCUAUGUUAUAAAGCUAUUUUAUUUCAUUGGUGGAUUUUAGCCUAAAUUUUAUAUCUUGCCAUGUGGGUAGAAGGUGAUAAGUGUAGACAGGAAGAGAAAAGCUGUGUAGAAAGGCAGUGUCAUGGUUCGUUUGCUCUUCAAUGUAAAGCUUUGGGUACAUCUCUGGUUAGCACUGAUGUUGGCAGCAGGCAUUGCUGCCUUUUAAAUCAGCAGUGCUUAAUCUGAAAUGACAAGUGUAGAAUUAAAUUCAAAUUUAUCAUAGCAGUUUCUUAUCUGAGAACUAUGCUCCAUUCGUGUUUUACAUCUGAAGACAGCCCUUUUAGAACAUUUAUUAGGAUCUUAAGCUAAACUUAGCCUUCACAAAUUGUUAAUAUAGAUAUGCUAACUAAACUUUCCUAGUUACCUAACAGAACACUUGUCUUUUCCACCUAAGCAUCUAACCAGUUUAUGAAUCUAAAUAGGUUACUAGAAAUAAUGCUAGUUUUCAUAUGCCAAGUACUGCUCCACUCCAUAGAUAUUGAUAUAAUAUUGUGUGACAAAAACCAAAUUUCUUGAACCAAACUACUUUUCCAUUACUACUUAGCCACCCUUAAGCUCACACCCCAACAAACUCAAGAACAAAUCAAUGCAUUUCUUCGGACAAGGAGAAGUUAGUAUUGGUGAGUUAGGGCUUCUGUACAUGCUAAGAGUAAAUAUGAAAAUUUUCCCUCUCAAAGUUCACAUGACUUUUCUGCUUCUUUCAUAGGGCAUUUAGUUUUGUCAGCACUAGAUGCUCUGUAGUAAUCUUUUGGAGUAGACUUUGCAUUCACAAAAAGAAUAGGUUGUAUUUGUUAAACUAAUCCAUUCAUUCAAAAGUGAGACAGAAUAAACAGCCCAAGAACAGUUUUUGUAUAGCUUGCUGGGACAAGUAAUUGGGAAAGGGCAAUGAUUGAUCAUUUUGACUUCAGAAUAAAGGUAACAUUGUAUAAAAAAUGACUUCACAAGCAGUUAUGCUGAGCCAUUAGGACAGAUGCUUGAAAAUUUGGGGUACUACUGUAGCUGCCUUCAAAGAGAAACAUCAGUGUGUUGGUUUGCAUGUGUACUUACUUCAUAAAGACAUGUUCACAGAUUGAAAGGACUUUUAACCAUGGGGUUGUUUAUAUCUCUUGGCAGACCAAGUCUAAUGAGUUAUUUGAAAAAAAAAAAAUCUCCAUGUCACUAGAAGUAGUACUACACCUUGAGAGCUAAAAAUUUGAAAGAUUUUAUCCACUCUCUGUGUCCUUGUUAUUAUAGAAAGGACUACAGGCCCAACAAUUAAUUUAGCAGAAUCUGCUCAUCUUCAGGUUUUCUAAUUCUCAAUUUAGUGUCUCUGUAUUAGACUGUAGCUUCAGUAAAUUGUGACAAAUGCUUGUAAGUUUUUCUACUUGGGAAGUAUGCUCAGUGUUGUCACUUAAACCUGUAACACCUUAGAAGUUGGAAAGGAGACUUCAAAAGUGAUGCCAAUGAGGACUUGGACUCAGUUUUCUGGUGCUUCCCAGACAGAUUAGCAUAAACUAUUGUGAAGUAUUUAGGCUGAUACACAUGCAGUAUAAAACUGAAAUGCAAGUAGGAAAGCAUUUUUAAAGCACUUAAAACGUGGACCUGAGAUUUAGAUCUUAUACCUACUUACAAAAUAAUAUGUUCAUGUGAACAUGUGAUAAAAAGGAAAUAUAGCUUGUUUAGCAGGAAGAGAGAAGGAAACAUGAACUUAUAGCAAUAUGCUAUUUAAUGUCUGUGUUUUGAAUAUUUAAAAUAUCUGAUGGUAAAAUUGCCAAAGUAGUUUGAAUUCAUGUAAGUUGUUUAUACUACAACAAUGUGGGAUAUGUUUACAGGCUCUUUAUAGUGCUUACUUUGUAGUUCUGAUGAAGUUUGUAGUUUGUAUUUAAGUCAUUUAUAGUAAAUGUAUGAUAAAUAUUUGCUGGAAUAAAUAUCUCAGUAAUAUAGCAAAACGUAUCUAAGUAAUCCCACAGUCUGCUUUCAUACAAGGUGCUUUGUCCAGAAAAGCAAGUACUUUGUGACACCAUUGCUUACACCCCACAUUUGCACCAACUGUCCAACUACAUUCCUGGAACCCUGUGUGGUGGGUGCUGCCUCCAAGUAAAACAGCUGUGUUACUAUAAUUAUAUCAGAGUUACUAAUCUAUUAACAGAUAUUUGUGUCUCAGUGUGAUCACAAAUUGAGUGACUUUUAUGAAAUUCUUAGAAAAUUAUAUACAUGCAAAGAAAUUUAUUUAAUCUUAAAACUUUUUGAGGGCUAAUUGCUAAUAGAUAAUGUUAUCAAUUUUAAGAGUAAAAGAAAUCAAUCCCAGAAUUAUAUGUUUUGAGUUCUGCUUUUUACCACAAUUCUUAUUUUGCAUAGAUUUCAUUUACUCUUAGUAGUACUUAUUAUAAUAUAUUUCUCUAUGUUAUCAGAAACAACAACCCAUGUAUUCCGGCCCACAAUUACUUGAUUUUCAUGCCUUAUUGAAUUCUUUUGAGUAGGUACCAUAAUGUUAUUUUCUGUUUCCAUCUAUCAGUGUGACGCUGCUUAUUUUACAGUUUUCUACUGUGGAACACUGUUGAUUUCUAAAGUCAUUAUUUAUUUUUUUUUUAAGUCCUCCGAAGGUAAAUGAGCAGCCAUUAGUUCUAGCUUUUUGGUGGCAGUCCAUCUGUAUUGGCUAGGUAUGGUUCAGUGCAUAAACAAGUACACCAUUUUGCAGAAAGUUAUUAGCAAUAUUUCAAGUUAAAAACUACACUGUUCAGGAAGAGUUCAAACGUUUAACUUCCUGGAGCCUUGUAAAUUUUCCAGUAUAAGAAUGAAAAAGAAAGCCUUGGUAAGUUCAUAAAAGUUUCAAAUAAACACUGUAGAGUUUUCCUAUUAUGUAAAUGAUAUACAGAAAAUAUUUUUCUAUGAACAGAAGGUUAAAACUGUUAACUUUAAUUUCAUUGCUUAAAAGGGAUAAAACAAUAUUUGUAUGUCUUUCAUGCUGUAAAGAAAAUGAAUGUAUCUUUCAAAUGUUAGAGUCAUUACUUGAUUGUAAGUAUAUGUGUUUUUAAAAAUCUGUAAAGGGUUGAAAAGAAGAGUAUUACAAGUCAUUAUGUAAGACGCAAUGUUGGAAGAAAUGGAAUUUCAUUAUAAAUGAGCAGUCACUAUCAAAGCAUAUUUCAGUAUAGUGCAUAUUCAUUUUCACAUUGCUUUGUUUUAUCUCUAGAAAUGUUUCUUAAAAAUUGUGUAUACUGUUUUGGGUAUACACUAAUUGGUUUCUACACUUGUGUGUUAGGCUCAGUGUGCUGCUGCAUGUGUCUACCAUGGGGAAAAGUUACCAAGUUUUGUCAAUGUCGAAGCCACCAAUGGGGGCAUCAUUGUUAGAAUGUGAAACCCAUGCCUAGGAGCCACUGCAGCAACUCUGUGCAGAGGCCUCUGACUGUGCUAAUGUGUUUCCCUUUUUAUCUUCAAUGACAUGGAUAGUAAGACUACUGGGCCCAACUCUCCUGACUUGUGGUGGUUUGUAUGCUUACAACUUUAUUCAGCUAGUGCCCGUAGGUGUGAAUGAUUUGUUCAUUAGCUCUUUAAAUCUAGUAUUUAUCAGUUAUUAAACUUGAUGAAAAUUGGGAAUUCAUUGUUUUGACACUUUUCUAGCCAUCCAUACUAAUUUUAACUCAUCAUGAUGGACCCUGAACAACCAAAAAGUGAUCCCUGGUUAGUGUCAGAUUUCCUCUACCCCAGCAUUUACAAGGUUGACUGAUGACUUAGAAGUUGCAUUGUUAAAUAAAGUCACUGCCAAGGAUCAUGAAGGAGGUAGCUUUCUCUAAACUUUGGCCCAGAGAGGCUGCUUCCUGGUUCCCUAGAUGGACUAAAUAUCUGCUGUGUGUCUUCAUAUCCUCUAUAGUCACAAUUAGGCCUAGUUUACCUCUUAAAAAUUUUUUUGUUUUCCACUUAUAUUUGCCUUCCUGGGGAAGGAAGAUUCAACCCAAUUCUAUGAUUCUCUGGAUUCAUUUUUCCAAGUUUUUCAAUGAGUUAGUGAGAUUCCUCAUUCAUGAAUCCUGUAGAGUGUGUCCUUUUCCAGUGCUAAAAUUGAUUUCAAAUAGCACUUUAUUUCAUGCUUACUACUGAUUUAAUUUAUACAUUAAAAAUAUCUAUCCUAGGAAUUUUGUAAAUACAGAAAAGCAAUUGAUUAGUAGUAAAGUUUAUUAGAUUGGCCCCAAGUUUAAAUGCUUUAUAAUGAUCUCUUGAUAGCUUCUUUGAUAUUUAAGAGGUAACCUAUGUGAUUGAAGCUCUGCCAUUUUCCUGUAAUCUGUGUAGUACAGUGGAGGCUGGCCCAGCUGGCUGUAUUGCUGGACUUACUUCUCUCAGCUAGCUUCAGCCAAGCUUGGUUGCUAAAACUGUUGAUCUGCUCUGCAUUUUGUGGACAUGACAUGAAUGUUUGGAAAGCUGUUUUUUGUCAGUGUAGUACCUAGAGAUUCAGUAGAUGCUGCACCACCAGUUCAUAGUUUAUAUGGAAGACAAAGGACAGAAUUUAUGACAUAACAGUUUCUGUUAAGCUGUUUUCAUAUUCUGCCAGGACAGUAUAUCUGCUGUAAAAAAAAUAAAAGUUGUCUACCCUAGUGGUGCCCAGCAUCAGAACACACCAAUUAUAAACCAUGCUGUGAGCUUUUCAAAUAAGAAAGGCUGGUCCUUGUUUUCUAUAGUGCAGGUUAACUUUAGGACUGAUGGCUUAUACUUAUCAGUACUAUUUUAAACGUUAGCUUAAAAAUUAUUUUUAUGUAGAGGGUAUUUUAAUUUGGGAACUUUCUUUUCUUGUAAUAGGUGCUAUAUGUAAAUAUGGAGUGAGAAUUUGCUUCAUUAAAGGUCUAGCUUAUUUCCUUAUUAAGGUAUUUUUCAUUUCUGUUUCCAUUUCAUGGUUUGUACUAAACUAAUAGCAGAAUGAAUUAGUCCCUUAAGGCUGUAACUACCUUUUCUCCCAGUUGUACAAAAAUAUCUCCAUUCGGUUUCAUCUCAGAUUAAGAGGCAAAGAAGCUAAGAAUGAAAACAAAAUGCAUAAGCUUGAAUUUGGUCAACACUGGACUAUUUGAAAUGAUCACUGUGUAUUUGUCACUGCAGUUUACUGUGUCUGAAAGGCAUUGUGUGUGUGUCUUAAUUUCAGUGAAAAUCAGAAUUCCUGCCAUUCAUGUUUAAACAAGUCACACAUAGCAACAGUGAACAGGAUAAAAAUGCGGGUUUGCAUUGAAACCGUUUUAGUCCUAACCUCAAUUUAUAUUAUGCAAAACACAUUUACAGACAUUUUGUUGGUUAUGUUUCAUUUUGAUUUAGUACUUGUUCAGGUACAAAUUCGAAAAGAAAACAAUAGCUGUUAAUGUUCGAUUGAGAAAUAAAGAUCCUCGUUAGUAACCUAA